GCUAACUCCCUUCCUUCUCCCACGCUGACUGGGGACCAUGACUCACCGGCAGAUGUACUCCAUUGCACGUCUCGUUAGACAAACAGCUGUACGGAAUAGAAUGCCAGCGACAGUUCGCUACUGGUCUAGCGCUCGGGAACCUCCUCCGCCCAACAACGUUUUACGCUUUGUGGAAGACUACUGGGAUAUUAUAUCCAACUAUGUGCGAGAACCUGGCUUCUUUUCUUUCAGCUCUACUACUUCCAAGCUGGCCAUACGCGACACAGCAUUUAUGCAAAAGCUACUUAGUACGGUGAUCUCCGAAGAUACGUCUUCACCGGUGAAAGGAGACCUUAUGCCAAGCGUUGUUGUAAAAGCCUGCUGUGAACUCUAUGAAGGACUGGAUCAAGAAGAGAAAAUCAAGUUUUUUGAAAUCCUUGUCCGUGAUUUUGGUGUUGAUCGAAAACAGACGGUCGCAGCGUCCGAAAACUACCUGAAACUAGCAUCCUCCGCAAAAGCAUCUGAAUCCCAGCUAUGGAGGACGGAAUUGGCUUUAAAACAUAGCCUAGAUCCGCUUCACAGUACAUUCUUUGAUAGAGUCAAUCAGUUACCGGGAGGAAUGAAAUUUCUUAUAGACAUGCGUGCAGAUUUAUUGCAAACGAUAGGUUCUUUCAAACAUAAACAAGAUGCCAUUGGACAUUUGAUGGCUUUAGAUGCUAGUAUCAAAGCCAAACUACAGAAUUGGCUAUUUGGGUUCUUGAAGCUUGAGCGGAUUACAUGGCAGAGCCCUGCUGUAGUGCUAGAAAAGAUUGGACAAUAUGAGGCGGUACAUGCGGUCAAAGAUUGGCAAGACAUGAAGAGACGAGUUGGCCCAAGAAGACGAGUUUUUGGAUUUUUCUUCAACAAUAUGCCAACAGAGCCUCUCGUUUUUGUACAAGUUGCACUAGUGGAUUCCAUAUCAACAUCCAUCCAGCGCAUUCUUACGGAGGAAGACCUAUCUAUACAUCAAGACGCUCAAAAAAUUUCAUGUGCGACGUUUUACUCUAUUACAACUCAGCGUGGUCUGAGUGGAAUCAAUCUGGGGAACUUUCUAAUCAAGCGAGUAGUGCGCGACUUAAAAAAGGAAUUUCCACAGAUUAAAACCUUCGCUACGCUUAGCCCAAUACCAGGCUUCCGUGGAUGGCUACGACACCAAGUUCAAGUCAAUGAACACAUCAGAAAAGAGCUUGAAAGCAUAUCUACAGUCGGAUCUAUCCAGGAAAUUGUUGACACUAACGAUUGGAUUCACGAUAAUGCAAAGUCAUCAGCGAUUAAGCCGGUUUUAAUGCGCCUGUGUGCAGAGUACUUGCUUUCUGAGAGACGCGGCAAUUUUGCUUUGGAUCCAGUUGCAAACUUUCACUUGCGAAACGGAGCGUGCGCUCACCAGUUGAAUUGGAUGGCAGAUACCUCAGACAAAGGUAUUGCCGAAUCAUUCUCCAUCAUGGUCAACUACAACUACUUGCUGGAUCACAUAGAAGAAAAUAAUGAAGAAUAUCUUGCCAAAGGCAUCAUCACCGUGAGCAAUGCUGGUAAUGGAGAUGAUAACCAAUGGCUUAGGGAGCGUGUUAGCGAUAAUGUUCGACUGGUCGCCGUGGAGAACUAGUGAACGGCCGAUAUCCUUAAUUAGAGUGUACUUGUAGAAACACAGUUGGCAAAUAUACCUAUGCCUUUUCAUAAAUUGACACUAUUCAUUAUAUGAUUACGUGUGUGAAUCUGCUUGUUUAUAGAAGUUGGAAACAUUGUUACUGUAAAAUAUUUCAACUAAUAUUUGGCAUAGAGGUAACGAAAGCGAAGCAACAGAACUGAACGAGUUUCUGGUGUAGAUAAUAAUAUGAUACAUGUCAUUUGGGGAAGUUCCAUUACAUUAGAGAAGGCUCCUCUGCCAUACUCUUCUUAAUCUUGAGAAGAAUACUGGUUUUCCAAUUGUCCAGUUUAGUCUUUUCAUCAAAAGCAUACACUUUUUGUGUGAACAGAUCGACCUCAUCGUUUUCGACACAUUCAAGAAUGUCCUAUUAAAUAGU